AUGUCACCAACUCAAAAACAUGACCAGAUAAAUGAGAAUACUAAUAAUAGUGAUGAUGAUGAAUUAAAUUUUACUGAUGAAGAGAUCGAAUUAACUCCAAGCAAUGCUGAUAUUGAAUUUUUAUCAAAAUUAAAAAUUCCAAAUGAGAGUAUUAAUAACUUAAAGAAACAAAAUCUGGUUAUAUUAGCUAGAUCCGGAUUAAAAGUUCAUAAAAGUAUUUCAUUUUUCAAUUCUGGUUUUGAAAAAAAUGAAUCUUUAAAUCAUCAAGCUGAUGAAACCACUUCUUUACUUCAUCCUCCUUCAACUUCGAGCAUAUCCCGAGCUUCUUCAUUGGCUGAAUUAUAUCAUUACUAUCGAGAUUAUCUAAAAGAUUUUUUCAUGAAUUUACCUAAAAAUGAAAUAUUCAUUAGCGUAUUUAAAUGUUCUAUUGCAUACUUAUUAGCAUCUUUGGGUGUUUAUUGGACUCCUUUCAAUAAUUUUCUAGGAAAAACUGACUCAAAACAUGUGGUUGCAACAGUGGCAGUUUAUUUCCAUCCUGCUAGAUCAAAAGGUUCAAUGCAUCAAACUUUAAUUUUUGUGGUUAUAUCUUUACUAUUCAGUUUUAUCGUUUCCUUUGGCUGUAGAUCAUUAUCAACAUUUUGGUUUAAUAAAGGUGAAGACGAAGUCAGUUAUAUCAUUGAUUUAAUUUUAAGUUCAAUUGGUUUGGGUUUAAUUGCAUUCAUGAAACAAAAAGUUAAUAAAGCUACUUUUAAUACCGCCUGUUCGUUGGCUUCAAUUUCAGUUGUUACUUGUAUUAUUAAAGAAGCUAGCUUGAAUUCUUCCAGUAUUCCUCUACCAAGAUUAAUUUCUACAGCUAAAGUUGUUGUUGUUGGAAGUGCUAUAUCGGUUGCUUGCUGCUACAUUUUAUGGCCAACAAGUGCUGUCGAUCAACUAAGGUCAUCUUUGAACGAUUCUUAUAAUAUAAUGUCACUGGUCUUAUCAGUAAUUGCAAAUCAUUUUUUAAUGGGUCAAAAAUUAAAUUCAAAGGACGUUGAAAUUUUUAAUACCUUGAAGAAAAAUACCACCCAGUUAAAGAAAAAUUUGGAAGAAGCUAAAUAUGAGUUAAAUUUGAAAGGUAGAGAAGAGGAAUUAAAGGUUUAUAAUGAUCUAGUAAACACUACAAUUGCGUUAUCAAGACAUUUACAAGCUUUGAGGUCUUCAGCUGAAAUGCAAUGGCAAUUACUUCAUGAAAAUUCUCCAAAUAUUCCCAAGACCCCCGGCGUUCCUUCAAUGAAUUCAACCAGUGGAUUCAAUGGAACUGACAGCCAAGUAUCAUCAUAUUCUUAUUCUCAAAAUAAUCAACCUUCUCCAAACUCGAAUCUUGAUUACACAGCUGUCAAUUCUGCUCAGUUAUUUGACUUGUUUGUUUAUUACCUAGCCCCAUCCAUAAAGUCUUUUGUAUUUACGUUAAAAGGGGUUCUAGCCGAGAUUCCAUUCGAAAAAUCAUUUGAAAAUGAUUUAGCUGAAUCAAAUGAUCAGAAUAAAUUUCGUAAUAUAAGUGAGUUACUUUCUAGAAGUAAAACUACCAAAUUCACAAAAUCCUCAAAUUUUCAACAAUCUUUGAACAAAGCAAUCGAUUUGUUUCAAUCGAAACAGGUUGAGUCUUUCAGCAAAUUGUAUUCUCAAGAUAUUUUCAAAUCCGAUAAUUUUGAUUUAAAAGCUGAUCAGGAAGAAAUAACUGCCUGUUGUGGUAAUUUUGCAUCCUUAUUAGUUUUGUAUGGGAAAGAAUUAAUCAAAUUCUUAAAGAUAACUGAACAUCACGAACAUUCUAAAAGUUCACCUAAAAGUUGGAAUUGGUUGAAAAUUUGGAAAUUUUCAAAUGAUCCAUCCAAAUCAAACUAUCUGGACCCAAAAAGUAAUGAUUCAGAAAAUGAUGAUGGAUUUGGAGCAACUUUGAAUGAAGCUUUAAUUAAUUUACAAUCCCAGUACCGUACCCAUAACCAUGUACCAAAGACUAGGUCGCGACGUAAGUUGGAUAAUUACUCCUAUGAAUUGUGGAAAGCUUUGAAAGUUUUCCGAAGAACUGAUGUUCAGUUUGGUAUAAGAGUUGGUUUGGGAGCUUUUUGUUUAUCCUUUUUUGCAUUUUAUCCUAAGACUAAGGAAGUUUUUAAUAAUUGGAGAGGUGAAUGGGCAUUAGUGAUUUAUUGCAUUAUGAUGAAUAAGUCUGUUGGUGGUACUACCAUGACAGUUAAAUGGAGAUUUAUAGGAACUUUUCUUGGUGCAAGCUCUGCCUAUAUCACUUGGAUGUGUACUGAUGGAAAUGCGUAUGCCCUUGCAUUGAUUGGGUAUCUUAUAUCCAUUCCAAGUUUUUAUAUAAUUAUUCAUUGGAAGAGAAAUAACCCUUUCGGGAGAUUUAUUCUAUUAACUUAUAAUUUGACUGCAUUAUAUUCAUACAGUAUGACCCAACAAGACUCUGAAGAUGACAAUGAAGGUGGUGAGAAUCCACUUGUUGAAGAAAUUGCCUUUCACAGAUUCAUAGCGGUUUCAAUUGGUAUUGUUUGGGCUUUGAUUAUGGCCUCUUGUUUUUUGCCAAAUAGUGCUAGAGCUAGACUCAAAUCUGGGUUAACUAUUUUGUGGUUACGAAUGGGUGUUAUCUGGAAUAGCGAUCCUUUGGAUUAUACCAAGCGUAUUGAUGAAGAUGGUGAAGAAAUAAUUAAGUUGAUAGGUCUUAAAGAUGAAAAAGGAAUAAAUGAUCUACUAGCCGAAUGCGAGGUUUUAUUAAAACAAGCACCAUUAGAAUUUAGAUUGAAAGGUAGCUUUCCCGAAUCUACUUAUCGACAAUUAAUAACAAGAAGCUCAGCUAUUAUAGACGCGUUUCAAAAUAUGAAUCUUAUGGUUGAGGUUGACCCAUUUUUAAGCCGUAACGAAGAGUUCGUAAUCAAUUAUAUUGCACUUGAACGGGCUGAAGUCGAACACCGGAUUUUUUUAAUUUUUUAUAUGAUAGCUAGUGCCAUGAAAUUGGGGUUCCCAUUGCCUUCAAAACCAGCUUCUACACAACAUGCUAAAGACCGUUUGCUUUAUAAAUUGAAUGAAAUAAGAAGCGAAUCUGCAUCUAAUCCAAAUCAUACUCUUACCAAUGAAGACUACGUUUUCAUGUAUUCGUAUAUUCUAGUGACUUCUGUCAUCACAAGAGAAUUAGACGAAAUAAUCGAGCUCAUAAAGGACCUUUUGGGUGAUAUCACUGUUGAAAUAUUUCAACUUGUUUAG